AUGGGUGCGCUUGUUGAUCGACGACACGAGGUAUCGCUCCUUGCGGCUGCUAGCAACACCUUGUUUUCACACCAGAAGGCGGAACUAGAUGAAAAGUUUGAAUUUGUGAUCUACAAAAGCCCCUUUGAUGCCUCAAAACUUGAAGACAUCCGUAAGAUAUUCCAAGAAGAAGUGACCCGAAAGAGCGCCAGAGGACUCAGGACGGCGGAACAUGAUCUUUGGUUUGGUCAACCCAUCUACCCUUCCUUCAUGCCACCCCCACUGAUGUCGUUCUGUGACACCAUGUCUUUCUUAGAAAGAUUUACGAGUGUAGUGUCUUACACAGUUACAAAGCUGAUUCUGAAAAAAAAUGUCCUAAGCACGUUUGAAGGAAUAAAGGAAAAACGUGCCAUUCAGCCAGGAAAGUCUCUAAGCAACUUACUGUCGAGACCUCAGCUUCACCUCGUCAUCUCCGACAUACGUGUACAAGAGUUGUCGCGCCCUCUGCCACCGAAUAUCAUACCUGUGGGCGGAAUCACCGCCGAACCAGCACAGCCUUUGGACGAGAAAUUGGAAGAGUUUUUCGAACGCUCGGGCCCACAUGGUGUGGUCGUUAUUUCCAUGGGAACAUCGCUUAGUUUUGACGAAUCCAGUGUGCAGAAUAUAGCUGGUGCCCUGUCACGCCUGGAGCAGCGAGUAGUUUGGAAUCACCGAGGACCACGACCCAACAACAUCGGCAACAAUACUAGACUAGCCACCUGGUUACCCAUGAACGAUGUCUUGGGUCACCCUAAAACCAAAGUUCUUGUUAACCACGGUGGAACAAGCACCGUUCUAGAGUCGAUUUACCACGGUGUUCCAAUGGUUCUCAUACCGCUGGCGAACGACAUGUUCGACAUUACAGACCGAGCCGUGUGUCGGGGCGUAGCUGUCAAGCUUAACAUGCCGACACUGACUGGUAGCAUCUUAGUAGACGCUAUCCAGAAAGUUAUCUCAGAACCAAGAUACGAACAGACAUCUUCCCACCUAUCUUCGGUGUUCAAGGAGACGACGCCCUCACCGUUGGACACAGCAGUGUUUUGGAUUGAGCACGUGAUCAAACACGGCGGCGACUACCUUCGGCCAGCUUCAGACCAGUCCAUGAGUCUCUAUCAAUGCAUGUCACUGGGAGAUCUGUUAAUAACCGUCAUUGGAUGCGUAGCUUUCGUGAAAGUUAUUUUUUAUUUUGCUUAUUUGUGUAUCAUUGUAUUUAAUGGGUCAGCCACGAUUUUCAAGAGGGUAGGCUUUAGCAGUUUCACGAAAUUAUAAACAUUUCAUAUAUACGGUUUAGAUUUAGACUUAUUCAAGAAGUUGCGAGGGCUAAUCGACAGAUGCAAGUGGGUUUAGUUAAAAUGUAGAUUGAGAGUUUGAUUUCGAAUUUAAUUUCGAUUAAGAAUAUUAAAUACCCGGCCCCACAAUUAAAUUAAUGAAUUUUAUCAAGGAAAAUUAAUAAACUUGAGCUGAACUUAAUUGAGCACGUUGCUUCACGCCGGACCGGUGUAGCCACUUGGCUUGACGGAACUCACUUGAAUUUUUUGUUUUGUAAAGAAAUGAGUCGGCCUAGGCAUUAUUUUCUGUCCUGAAUAUUUAUAAGGUGUCAUUCGCCGCUAGGCCUUUAUGUACUGUAGCUAUGAGGCCGUUUAAUUAUUUCUCAGUGAAAUUGAAUACAUCAUUUAACCAUGCAUGUACGUUCACCGGCCAAAUAAGGUUGGAACUUCUAUGGCAGUUCAAAGAGUACGGCGGCUGAUGAUGGCGCCCUAGCGUUGUUUUUAAGAUCGUUGUAUACAGUGGCCAAUACUUGUACCGUUGUGUAGGCCUUAAUAGAGUUUGUGCUGAAGAGAGAUUAAAAAAAACCUGUGGGGCUGGUUUGUCUACUGAUGCUUGAGAGAAAACAGAGUUAUUCCAGAGUCUGACGGUUUCUGGGGGGGGGGGGAGACUGAACGUGGGGGUUGGAUGUAUGAUGAUGGACUUCAAACUGUUUAAAUGUUCAAGUUGUGACUUCUUUGCGACUUCCUGACCUGGUCAGCGUAGGUUUGAUGUACAAGUUACAGUGUCAAUGUCAAUCUCCUGCCGUAGUAUUUUGUAAAAGGUUGUGAGUCUCUGGCGUCUAGUCUCGAGGGAAAACAUCUUGGAUACACUGGAUAGCACCUUCUGUUGAUAAUAACGAAAUUAUUGCUACUUUCAGUGGUGUCGUGAAAAG